AUGAUUCAGAGAUCAUGUGCGCAAAUUCAGCAACUGGUUCCAAAUGCUAAAUCUGGCUACUACUGGAUUUACAUUAAACGCAAGAGGGCGCAAGUGUACUGCGACAUGGACAAUUAUGGUAGGGAUGUUUUUUUUAGGAUUCAAUUAUAUGGUCUAAAGGAAUGAAGGGAUCAAAUCCAUGCAACGUUUCAUUUAUGAAAAUGCUAAAAUUCGUCUUUAUUUUGUUAUGCUCACUCGAUUUGGCAUGUUACGGGCAGUUCAGGGAUGAAUGAGUUAAUGGUUUGAUCCAUAAGGUCUGUGCAAAAAUUCAGGACCUCACUGUGUCAAAUGACAGACUGAAUUAUAAGCUUUUGAAGGAUUUUAUCUUUAGGCUAGAAUAGACCAAAAAUAAAUACAUUAAAGAACAGUACUGACAGCUGUCUUAAAAUGACGUUAUAAUCUUACUGAGAUUAACCUUUCACUGCCAAACGUGCCCAGAGUCAAAUUUAACAAAAUUCUAACUUUAGUUUCGUCAUUAAAGAAUGCUGAAAACAAAUAGAGGACACUAUAGUAGGGAGCGAAUUAUCCCUUUUUGCGGUGGAAGAAAUAAACGCCAAUAGCAUCAUAGCCACGUUAAUGCUUUCUUCCUCAAAGUAACGAGUAUCCAACGCAAUUUUUCAUGAGAUAAAGACAAUAGGCUAUGACGUCAUCAGUCUUAAUUUAUUCCAUCGCAAUCUAAUGAGAUUCCCUCACAAAGAAAGGAUAAUUUGGUCGUAACUAUACUACUUAGUACAAUGUCUAAGUACUUUCAAAGAGGUCAGUGUCAUUUGAAUGGAAUACCAUAGGAUUUUCUCCAUAAACCCAAAAGUUAACCUUCGGAUGGACACGCAAAUUCAUACCCCCACCGUGGUACAAGUUGACAGGGGGUUGACAGAACCCCUCCCCAGAGUUUCUGAUAUGUUGCAGUAUUUCGAAGCGAUUUUGCCUUAAGUGGAAAGCCUUUAAUCUUCUCAACAAGGUGAGGUAUAUUGUAUGUGGGUGGUGACGCUGCUAGAGUCCUUUGACGUCACCAACAAUGGUUCCCAUCUUGGAUUUUGUCAAGAAUUAGAAAUCAGCUUAACAUCGCGAUAAAUGGUAAUUUUUAGUGCUUGACCUGCAAAAUGACACAGAAAUAAAUACUUUGUAUCAUUUUUUCCACAAGUUUUACUUUUAUUGUUGAAAAAAGUUGAAAAAACAUGCAUUUUCACACAAAAAUGGCUUGACCACCUGCUACUUAUGACGUCAUAUCUAGUAACCAUAGUAACUGACCAUCACCAGGCUUGUCUCAAAAUGCGUGCGAGGGAUAAAUGAACAGCAACUGAAAACGUCAGCUGCUGACGUUUUAUCGUCUAGGAAAAAAAUAUAAAAAAAACCUCAGUGGGGGGUGGUAACCAGCCCCCCUUGUGUGUCCGAGGGUUGAGACAACCUUGGAGACUUUCACUCUAGCAAUAGGACGGUUAAUAACGUACAUUAUUAAAAACUGAAUAAUUGGAUAAUGAAAUUUUAGAGCUCUGAUUGGCUUAGCUAUCAUGGUAUAUGAGCCUUUAUACCAUGCUCUCCAAAUAUGGUAACUGUACGCGUCUGCUCAAAAUUAAAAACUAGUUGAAAAUCGUUUGUGUUUACAAAUAUAGUCAGGAAGAAUUCUCCAUAUUUUGUGGGCGAUUUUUUAUUCCCCUCGCGCUUGUUGGAUAUGAGAUGAUUAUAGCCAACUCAUAUCAAACGCCCACUCGUGGAAUAAUUGUUAAUUAGCUGCCUGCAUAAUACCCCUAAUGCUGUGAGUCGAAGCCUAAACUAAAAUCGGAAAUGAGGCAUACUCAAAAACGCCACGUCGUGCAUUUGCGGUCGGCCAAGGAACGGAAAAUUGAGUUCUGAUCAAUCAGACCGACUUACGAUGUUUAUCACAUGUGCGAAAAUCGUUCGUUCAAUAAGAAGCCACUGUCCCGCUUUUCGUCAUUUUCUGUCACGCGGAUCAUCAAUGGUCUGAUCGCCCUGGUGGUUGAUCAAUUGAGCUUACGCUUGUACAGUUACCGUGAAUUAUUCUUUUAUAUAUUUAUGUUCUCGUUAACUGUAAUUUUUAGGCGGAGGAUGGACGCUGGUUGUAAGUAUAAGGUCCUCUAGCAGGGAUCAUCUUUUGAAUAGAGAGGUCAACUGCUACAGUCCAACACGAUGUGUCGAGUUCACCAACUCCCAAAUUCCCGGCAGAAAACUUUCAGACGAGAGCAUUCACGAAAUUUCCACGUACGAAGGUAAGGCAGUCUGAAUAUGAAAAUCCUUUUUGAAACCUAACUCAGAGAAUAAUUCUGACCGCAGUUUUUUAUGCCACUUAGACAACUUCCAGGAUCAUAGUUUAGUUUCAAUGCAGGGUGGCGUGGGAAAUUUUCCUCUGCUUUACUAUCCAGUUUACUGUACCUGUCUUGCCUAAUAUUGAGGUCCUUUCCUUGUAUAGUUACAUUGAAUUAAAAUUUGUGUAUUUAAUGGUAGUAUCACCCUAGUCAAGUAUAACAAUACAAAAACCAAAGUCGACCGGCUUAAAUUUUGACCGGACGCUUUGUCGAGACGGAACCGUUAAAGAUUUUCCCCCUGCUCAGACAGAACUGACGUAAACAGUUUGCAUGAAUUAUAGCUUUUUCUGUUGUUUUAUCAUCUACUCAUGCGUAGUAAAUUUAAAGUGGCGCAAUUACCGUACGGUUGGCAUGGUCCCAUGUGAACAGUGAGAGAUGACCAAAGGAAGGAAAAAAGAGAGUCACUCUGGAAACGAAAUUAGACAAGAGAAACGACGUAAAUUUUACUUGUCUUUUUAGGUACAUUCAGGGUCGAUAAAGUGACAGCCGGUUUCACAGCAUUUUAUCAGGUAAACAGUAAUUGUUUUUAAUGACAAUUCUCACUUGGAAGACAUUGAAAUUCUCAGUUAGGUGUUUUUACCGGCUAAAUCUUAGUCAAAUUCAGUUCUGAAGCAUAACGUUUUGCAUGAAUUGAUUUAUUUGGAUCGCGCUGUUUCGACCGCCUACUGCUGGUCUCCAUCAAAAAAUGGUGUCGAUUUGCUGUGCAGGACUAUCACUAGCACCUUUGUUGGUUGCACGGGUAUUAGUGCAUUUCCAUAUUAGGAAGCUUAGGUGACGACGACGGCGACGUCAACGAGAACGGUGAAAAAGGCUAUUAGAGAGAUUAAGAGUCACGUUUACGGCAAACUGCUAACGUCCGAUUCAAGUUGAGAGUUUCUCAAAAUAGAAAAUAAGCAGAUAAAAACUGUCCGAACAAUUCUUAUGGAUAAAACUGGCGUGAAACUACUUAUUUUUGAGCAGAAGUAAUCUCUCUAUUGGCAAAACAACAAUGUACUCGGCACGUGCAUCACGCUUGCUUGCACAUUUCUUUGCCGCCACUGCACGACUAAAACGUUGAAAUGUCUAAUUUCACCUUUGUGAAGGAUGUGCAUGAACAUAAGACGACUUCCUUUUUCCCCCUGAACUUCGAUACAGUCUUUUAGAAUUCAACUCCAGGAAAAAUUGCCAUCAAAAAAGAUUUGAACGAGAUGGAAUAAGCGUGAUAAAGUUUGAGGCAGCGCAACUUCACUUUUUAGGGGAAGUUUUUCGUAUCCCUUGUCGUCACCAGCAACGACAACAAAACCUUUAUUAUAUUGUCUUAAAUAUUUCGCUUAGUAGCUAAUUGGGGACACUGUAAUAAAAAUACUUAAAACGGAUAAAAAAUAUCUAUAUAUAUUCAUAUGUAAAACAUUUGAGAAGCUAAUAAGAAUAUACAUAUUACAAUUUACUUUUAGUUAAUUGCUAUGAAUAUUUAUUAAAACCGAUUUCCUCUGUAAUUAAAAAUCAAAAUGGACAUAAAUGACAGUUUUCACAACUGUCCUCAAGCACGUUUGCCAAGUCUCUUCGUCUUACAUUUCUGAUAAAAAGUUUCAAGUUAUCACUAUAUAUCAUCACUAUAUUUAUUGUUGCUUAAGUUCCCCUAUUGUUAGUCUUCUAAGUUCUCGGCCUUUGGAUGAGCUUCGUAACCCCCUGAACCAAUAUCAACUAUCAUGUGACAAACAAUAAACGAACUUUAUCAUGGUCGUUACUGUUAAUUUUGUGUUUUAUAGAUUCCGGUAGGAGCAAGGUACUUUGAUUCUGAAUGCCGACGUUUCAGGUAAAACAUGAUAAAUUACUGCAACUCUCGUUUCACAUUACAUACUGAAGAAGGGACAUCAUUCCUGUUAUGGUUGGUCAACUGGAUUUUUUAGGGAGUGUACUUCCUCGCUUUCAGCGUUUACUACGUCGGCAUUAACAAAGAUAUGUUUCGCUAAAAGGUCACUGGUACCGCAGCUGUAAAAUAUAAAAAUGAAAAUUUGUCAUGAUCCAUGUUCUAUUGACAUGGCGGUUGUCAUAACAACGUAAUGACGCCAUUACGUUUUUUUACUUGCCUUUGUAUUUCUUGGUACUUGGAUUUUUUUUAGAAAACGUUUAAGGGAGCUUGUACCUCCCUUAGUUGCCUCGUUUAUGGCAAAGUUUGAAAAAAAUUAUGUAGAACGUUUUCGAAAUAUUUUUGAAACGGAGUUUUAAGUGUCAUAGAAAUACUGAAUAAACAUGCUAUCGACAUAAUUGGCUAAUAUCUAAAGAAAAUGUUGUCUGGAAAUGCAUGCAGUUUCAUCUCAUAGUGGUUUGAUUCCAUUGGAACUGUGUACGAAAAAAGACGGGUAUUGCUUUGGCCGAUUGCGAGAAAGAAGAAUUUGAGUAACCUACGUUGGGCUGCUUUCUUUACUAUUAAUUUUUUAUGUAAUUUGCUCCACACUACAUACACUACCCACUUUCGCAUAUACUUGUGUGGCUUGACACUCAGCUGGUAAAAUUACUCAACAUGUCUCAGGGAUACCAUGAAGGGGUGUCAAAAAGUAGCAUCAUCGACUCUCAACAUAUGGAUUUAUAACUUUAGCUAGCACCCCACGCCGAAGUCCGUAGGAUAUCGUCACGCGUUCCUCCUCCACGAACACGAAGUUACCCAAAGUUGGAAAAUGGCUCCUGAGUGGCCCUUUUCUACGAACGAAAAUGACUUCUCGUUUCAGCAGACGUUCGUGGAGGAGGAACGCGUGAGGAAGCGCACGUGGGAGAGGCUAUUACAACUUAGACAUUCCAUUGUGUUUUAUAGCUGCCCUCGCAUCAUAGUGUCUCACGUGUACCCCUACCACUGGGAAUCAAACUGCAAAGGGAUACUGAAUGGUUAUCGUAUACAUCCCAGCGGCUGUCACAGAGGUAAGAAAUCAUACGUAGUUGAAAUCAUACCUGGUGGAAAGGCCCUGCAGAUGUAAUGCUUCAAUUCACUGCAAAGCAGAACUUGCUAUAUUUAUGAGAAACAAUGUCUGUAUGACUUAUGAUCUACCGCUAUCCAAACCUUCACACCGCCUUAUUAGCGCAGGUCACUGGCCGCAGCUUUCCUUAGCGGAAUCGUUGGAUUCAAACCGCGGCCAUACCACCAACCAAGGCCUUCAAAAAAAUGGUAAGAUCCAGCUAGGUGUUUUUAAGAUUGUUUCCCUUAGUCAAAAUGAUACCGCCUUUGGGCUAUGGCAUUAAGCCGUUGAUUAUUUCCACUUCGUUCUCAUUUAUUAAUCUUAGAAGAGAAUAAAGGAACCCACGGUAAUGCGAUUCAAAAACAGAGGUACUUUUACUAGGUUGUGUCGUGUAACCUCUGCCUCUACUCACUUUACACAUCGUACAAAUCAUGGGUUGGGCGGGCCUGGUAGCCUGCGCCGCACACACUCUAAACUCUCUGUAUAGUACGAACUAUACAUUAUGGUUUUUAAAAUAAACAAUGCUAUUAAAAAAAGAUGCGAGGGCCGGCUACAACGCAGGCGACGGGCCCGAGUUAUCUCAUAUAUGGACUGACUACCUCAACCUGUCGCACAAUCUAUGCAUAAAUUGUAUCAGAUUCCCCUUCUAAACAUGUAGGAUUGUAAGCCAAAAUAGGUUGUCAACACAAGAUUUUAAGCCUUUUCACUAAAUAUUUUCUCUUGUCUUCCAGUUUUCGACAUGCAUGACGAUUCUGAAUGUGGAUCGCGUUGGGACUCGUCGAAAUUCGGUACG